AUGGACGGGAACGAUCUCAAGAGCCACUCAUACUUGGUGCACACACAGGACAAGAACUGCUGUGUCUUCCAGAACGAAAUCAUUGCCAACGUGCUGCCGUCGGUGCUGGCGCUGGAGUUCGUGUUCGGGUUCCUGGGCAAUGGCCUGGCCCUGUGGAUCUUCUGCUUCCACUUCAAGUCCUGGAAGCCCAGCUGGAUUUUCCUGUUCAACCUGGCCUUGGCCGACUUUCUCCUCAUCAUGUGGCUGCCAAUUUUAACAGUUAGUUGUAUGAACAAGUUGAGAUGGAAUUUUGGGAAAGCCACCUGCCGGCUGAUGCUCUUCAUGCUGGCCAUGAACCGCCAGGGCAGCAUCAUCUUCCUCACGGUGGUGGCCGUGGACAGGUAUUUCCGGGUGGUCCAUCCCCACCACGCUCUCAACAAGAUCUCCAAUCUGACGGCUGCCAUCAUUUCCUGCCUCCUGUGGGGCGUCACCAUUGGCCUGACCUCUCACCUCCUGAGCAUAGAGUUGUUGAAGAUAAAUGAUGUCCAUUUAUGCAGCAAUUUUAUCAUUUGCAAUACCUUCAGAUGGCACGAUGCCAUGUUCCUGCUGGAGUUCUUCUUGUCCGUGGGCAUCAUUCUGUUCUGCGCAGGCAGAAUCAUCUGGAGCCUGCGGCAGAGGCAAAUGGACAAGCAGGCCAAGAUCAAGAGAGCCAUCCGUGUCCUCCUGGUGGUGGCCAUCAUCUUCAUUAUCUGCUUCCUGCCCAGCGUGGCCGUG